AUUUUUUUUUCUCUUUCUUAUCAAAGUUAAAUCGGAGUUUUACCAAAGUUAAAGGACAAUGUAGCGUAGGUGUAAAUAUAGUACAGUUUGUUUUAAUAUGUACAGCCAUUUUUUUCAGUUUUUUUUAAACGGACCUAUGUUUUUAAUCUUGUGAGAAACUACAGAAAAGAAGAAGAGAAGUCACCAUUGUUCGAACUGGAUCGCCUAACGCUUCCCAGAUUUCCUGUUCCUGUGUGGAAGAAUUACCGAGGGCCGCUAACAAGAGAUUGAGGGGCAGUGACGCAAAACACACAAUAUACGAAAGCAGCUGUGUGGACUGACGCUGGGGACUCUGCAGCUCUGACACUUACGGGUUUACCUUCCCCUGGCAGAGGCACAGUCGCAGGCUUGACCACAUUGGAUGACUUUUUACUCGGUUCACCUCUUCUUGCCAAACUUCUUUUGACCAAAGAUUAAAUUUUUUUUUUUUUUCCUCGUUGAUUCUUGUUUUUAAACGCAACCAUUUUUUCGGGAACGAAACUGGGAUUUUCCCUCAUAUUAUGCACUUCAAUGGAUACCGGUGGCUCAGUGGUUAGUAUGCGAGCUGAAGAGCCGUCCUUUCAUGUCCGCUACAGGAUGGAGGUGUCCUGCCUGGAGCUCGCGUUGGAGGGUGAGCGGCUCUGUAAGGUGGGGGACUACAGAGCGGGCGUCUCCUUCUUUGAGGCUGCCAUCCAAGUGGGCACAGAGGACCUGCAAGUGCUCAGUGCAAUCUACAGCCAGCUGGGCAAUGCCUACUUCCACCUACAUGACUACACCAAGGCCUUGGAGUUUCACCGACAUGAUCUCACCUUGACCAGAACAAUUGGUGAUCUGCUUGGAGAAGCCAAAGCAAGUGGAAACCUUGGGAACACAUUAAAGGUUCUGGGGCGAUUUGAUGAGGCCGUGGUUUGCUGUCAGAGGCAUUUGGACAUUGCCAGGGACAUAAAUGACAAGGUGGGGCAGGCGCGAGCUCUCUAUAACUUUGGGAAUGUGUACCAUGCCAAAGGGAAAAGUAUCUGUUGGAGCGGGGCUGAGCCCGGAGACUUUCCAGAAGAGGUCAUGACGGCACUGAGGAAGGCAGCAGAGUAUUAUGAGGCAAACUUGGCGAUAGUGAAGGAGCUCGGAGAUCGAGCUGCCCAGGGGCGAACCUACGGCAACCUUGGCAACACACAUUACUUGUUGGGCAACUUUCGCAAAGCCGUAGCUUCUCAUGAACAGCGUUUGCUCAUCGCUAAGGAGUUUGGGGACCGCUCAGCAGAGAGGCGGGCUUACUGCAACCUGGGGAACGCCUACAUCUUUUUAGGGGAAUUUGAAAUAGCAGCUGAGCAUUACAAGAGGACACUGCAGCUGGCGAGGCAGCUGAAAGACCGAGCUGUGGAGGCCCAGGCCUGCUACAGCUUGGGCAACACCUACACUCUUCUCCAGGACUACGAGAGAGCCAUAGACUAUCACCUCAAACACCUCAUCAUAGCUCAGGACCUCAAUGACAGGAUCGGGGAGGGCCGUGCAUGCUGGAGUCUCGGAAAUGCUCACACUGCACUCGGAAACCAUGACCAAGCCAUGCACUUUGCUGAGAAACACCUGGAGAUCUGCAAAGAGACUGGAGACAGGAGCGGAGAACUGACGGCUCGUAUGAACGUAUCAGAUCUCCAGACGGUUCUGGGUCUGAGCUACAGCACAAAUAACUCCACGCUGUCAGAAAAUAAGGACAUCGACUACAACCUGCAUGGAGCAAGACCCAGGAUGAGCAGGCGUCACAGCAUGGAGAACCUGGAGCUGAUGAAACUCACUCCAGACAAGAUGAAUGGUCAAAAGUGGAACAGUGACAUCCUGACCAAACAGUCCAAACCCUCCCUGGCUAAAAGCUCCUCCAAGCUGUUCUUUGUCAGCCGUCUGCGUGGGAAGAAGUACAAGGCUGGUGGGAGCAGUAAGGUCCUCCAAGACACGAGCAACACUCUGGACACCAGCCAGACUGCUGCUCAGGGACCACAGAAGCGACUCAGUCCUGACAUGCUCGGAGAUGAGGGCUUCUUUGACCUGCUGAGCCGCUUUCAGAGCAACCGUAUGGAUGACCAACGGUGUUCGAUACAGGACAGAGGCAGCAGGUUGUCGUUAAACAGCGGUCCAGAUUCGCCACCCAGGGCCAUCAGAAAAUCUGUGUCAGAGUCUGUCAGCAUCUCGAACGCCCCAGGCAGGCGGUUAGAGGAGUCGUCAGCAGCGGGGGGAAGCCUGCCCGGCCUCAGGCUCAAUCAAACCAGCAGCCAGGCCGUGCUCAGUCACCUGAUGGCCAACGCUGACAACGCUGAGCCUGACGACGACUUCUUCGAUAUGCUUGUCAAGUGCCAGGGAUCCCGUUUGGAUGACCAGCGCUGUGCUCCUCCCCCUCCUCCGGUCCGAGGCCCCACUGUACCCGAUGAGGACUUCUUCAGCCUCAUCAUGCGCUCUCAGGCCAAACGGAUGGACGAACAACGUGUCACCUUGCCUUCUGCGGCAAACACUACAGCCAGGCCUAGCUCCAGCUCCAACUGAGCUAAACACUAAAGGGACUAAAGGUGUUGGUUUUAUCAGCAUUGUGAUUGAUUAUCGGUCACUCAAAAAAAAAAAAGCUCUUGUCUCUCUAACAUUUGUCCUUUUGGACCAAGCAAAGCACUGUCAGCAUUGUAUGUAGUUCACAGCAUGGAAACAUCUCAAACAACAAGGACGCACAACUUUAACACACCAACAAACUCACAGUAGCAUCAGGGACAAAAGUGUUGGGUUUUUUUUGUUUUUUUUUUAGCCUUGUUUUUAAUGGUUCUGUACUGCUGCAUAUUUCAUUUCAACCCAUGUGUAUUUUUCAAUACGCAACUGCAUAUUUAUUGUACUUUCUGUGAUUAUAAUCGUGAUCACUGCCGUCCACCACUAUGAAGUAACAUGGUUAUAGUCACAAUCUUGUAUGAGUCAGUGUGGACACAGAGGUACAGCACUCUUUUCAUGUAUUUUGUUUAAAUGUGAGGUUUUUGUUUAGUUUAGGAAUCAGGCAAAGGAAAAUAACAAAAGGUAUUUUAAGCAAACUUAUAAAAAAAAUAUGAAUUUAACCCAUGUACAGCCCUUUGUUCUUUUGUACUAAAUGUUUUGAAUGAGGCAAUAAACAGGGUUCCCACAUGUCCUGGAAAA